AUGUCUCCUUCAGAGUUACUGGAUCCAUUCUCUCCAGACCGAAUCAGAGAUCUCAGUUCCGCUUUCCUGCCCUCUGAUCCAAUUUGGGACGGGUUCCAGUUCAAUCAACAUCUGGAAAGCCGAUUCCUUCGGCUAGACGAAUCCACACUAGGAUCCCUCCCUGUGCUCAAAACAGACGUUUUACAAUUGAAGAUAGAUGAUGUGCCCCUACAAGAUCUGUCACGUUCGCCGUCCACGGCCACGUCCGACUCCGAGAAUGAUCAAUUCGAGAGCCUCGACGGCGAUAGCGUACAGAGAGAAUUGGUCGACGUCUGGAUCUUGCCAGAUAUUCAGAAGAGAAAGGGAAGAGGACAAUUGUUAACCUGGGACAAAUUUGUGGAUAAAAGCCAUCAGGAACCGGCAUCAUCAUAUCUCAGCGAGACAGAUCCCGGGGUAUUCAACGCCGUACUCGAACCAAACGAUCAGACGCGCCCGGGGUGUGUUAAACCGGACAUCCUUCUGAACGCAUUCUUUGAGUUGUGCAUGGGACGAGAUUCUGUCCUCUUCAGAUGGGAGGAGAAGGACAGUAUAUUCGUUGCUCAAUGGAAACGUCUUUCGGCUCGUGGAUACAGUUCGAUACUCAUCCAGAACUGCUUCGACAUCUUUUCGACAAUUGGGAUAAACACCAGGUACCUUAUGGGCUCUUUUCAAGCCUUGGACAACAACUCUCCGCAUCUGUCAUCCUCUAAAGUAACUUUCCUUUCCACCGCCAGGUCCGUGUUAUAUUCCGUCCACAAAUACCUUACCGAGUUGAAGUCAAGCAUUACGUCCUUGCUCCAGCUGAAAGGCAUUAUGGCAAAAGUCGAGAUGGUUGUCGAUGUGUUGAAACAAUGUGUCGACGCUAUGCAGACAAAUUGGACAGAACAUUUGAUCAUCCUUAGCUUGAUGGAACGAGCUGUCAGAGCGUCUCUCAUUCACCCUGGCCUUGCCGGAGUAUUGCAGAUGAUGCUCUCACGGACCUGCCGGCCCGUACUGGCUCUCUUGAGCGAGCAGAUAGGGCUUAGUUCAGCACAAGGCGAGAAUUCCAGGGGCUCGGUCCCAGAGACUUCACUCGCCGACAAUGUAGUGUGGGACGCACUACUUGGAUCAAAUUUCUCACGUACGAUAUCUGAGGCACAGAAGAGCCUGAGGUUAUUGAGAAGCCACUCUCCGGACUGCUCCAUCUUGUCCACUACCGUUCUCGAAUCCUCCCCUCUGAGGGCACUCGAGGCUGGAUUCACCCUAGCAGUCAUUUCCGAACUUCAGGCUCGUGCUGUGGCAUAUGAGGAGGCCAUGUGGUCAUUCAUAGCGUCGGCGGAAUCUUCGACGACUAGCAGCUCCCUCGACACUCCCGCCUCUGAGAGCUUCGAUCUGGAGGGGCCUGUUAGCAUGCAAUCAGAGUCCGCCAGUGCUUUUCGCCUACAAAUGGAUAUUUUCAACUACAGCGUUCGUCUCUUGGACGAGGCCAAAUAUGACGAACUGGAGGAUCAAGUCGUUAUAUACAUCGAGGGACAAGACUUCGAGGACUCGCCUCUCCAGCUGGAUUUGGAAGUAUCACUCAAUUUGUCUAUCACGCCCCUCGUCUCCACCCAGCACAGGUUGCUCUCUUACUCUGUGUUGCGGUUGCUCUUCCAGCAACAUAACCUCCUCGGCCACCUCAAUUUGCAAAAACAUUUCCAUUUGCUUGGAAACGCCUUCUUCUCCUCUCGUCUCAGCAUAGUGCUGUUUGACCCAGACCAGAACAGCGGCGAAGGUCACAGAAAAACGAGCGCCGCUACUGGCCUUCGUUUGCAUGUUCGAGACUCGUGGCCACCCGCAGGUUCGGAGUUGAGAUUAGUGCUCAUGAGCAUCCUAUCAGACAGCCUGAGCCUAGCAGACCGCCCUUUGGAUGAUUCCAUGUCUUUUGCGAUUCGAGAUUUGCCGCUCGCGGAGCUCGAGAAGUGUCGAGACGUUGAUUCGAUUCAUGCACUGGACUUCCUUCGUCUUCACUAUACAGCUCCCAAUGAAAUAUUGGCAGCAGUCAUUACGCCAGAAAUACUGGACAAAUACGAUCGAAUUUUCCAGCAUCUACUGCGUACCUUGCGAAUACAAGCCGUAGCACAGAGGAUGCUAAGAGAGAGUUUCAGCCGUCAAUUAGACAAGACGGCCAUCAACGGUUUCUCAGACCAUAAAACUGUUAUUGCAAUGCAUCAUUUUGUCUCAAGUAUUGCAGACUACUACCACAACACUGCGAUUGAGCUCAACUGGAGGAAAUUUCAGGCAGUGCUUUGUGCCGCAAAGGCCCACCUCGAUAAAAGGGAUUACUGCCAGACCUUGCUUGUCGUCAAGAGUCUGGACCAUCUCCGCAUAUUGCACGAGAGAACAUUGGACAAGAUCAUCGGUGCUCUCUUGUUGAAACGAGACCAAGCCGGUUUGAGGCAGAUACUGGAAGAUAUCUACGGUGUAGUACUUCGAUCGGCGGCUGAACGACGCAAGCAUAUCAACAAGGACCUCGGACUGAAGGUGGAUGAAAAUCAGAGUAGUGGUACUACCACCACUGAUGACACCACGACGAAACGACUGCACAAGGAGUUUAGAAGCAAAGUUACACUUUUCAGUGAGGCGUUGCGCGUUCAAGCGCAAUCAGCGGAGAAAUUGCCCAAGAAGACACUUCUUGACGAAUUGGACGCUGAUGAUGACGAUGACGCAGAUGUUAAUACGUUGGAGUACCUACUGGUGAAAUUGGACAUGUUUGGUUACUGGGCGUCAUAA